AUGAAUUUGUUAGAUAACGAUUCUAACAACACAAUUAACUCAUUCAUUUCCCCCUGCGUUUCGAUUAACUACGAUGGUAAAGAGCAUCAAUCCAUUACAGAUGAUCUCAUACAAGAAGAGUUUGAAGGCCAAGAGGAGACCGAUCAAAUCAUACAAUCCAAAAAGGGGAUAGUCUUUGUGCGGAAAAUUCCCUCAAAUCUCCUACAAACCGUUAAAGACAAUUUUUCUAGUUAUGAGACUACACUAACAUCGAUUGAGGAUGUUGACAGCGGUCAAGGUGUUGAUCAACGUUCAGAAACAACUGUCAUUAAUGAUCAGGCAAGACCUCUGUCCAUUGUCAAAACACUCGUUGUCCAACAGAAACAACGACCAAUUCAAUAUACAUCAUGUCCAUCAUCCGUGUCACCAAUUUCAUCCUUAUCAUUAUCGCAACCGGAUGAGAACAAAAACAGCAUUUUACUGUUGAAAGCCCCAGCAGCGUACGUGUCUUUGACGGCAGCAAUGAAGCAGCAACAGCAGCAACAACAACAGCAACAAAUACAAACACAGCAAGCACACCAUCAUCAUACGGAUCAGAGAGCAGGCCAGCAGGCAGCCGAUUAUCAUCAUCAACAGCACGAUCAAAGAAAAGUUUUGACUAAACUCUUUCUACCCAAUAAAAUUCAUGUCAAACCCAUGCAAAAUCAAAAGCAGUUACAGCUUACAAACCUUGCUAAUGAAUCCACAUCGUUUAUUGGCAUUAAAAAUGGCUCCCAAAAUGUUACUAGUAGAAUUAAAGUAUUGAAUAUGCGUAAACGAUUUACUACGACGCCCACUAUAAAUCACUAA